AUGGUUACCUCACCCACACCACGAGCUCUAGGCUUAAACUUCAAGGACGCCUGUGGCGAGCAGCUAUUCAACAACCAAAAUGCUGACCCCUAUGGCAACAUCCAAGCUUUGGCACAACUGAUCAAGGCUGACGACUUCAACGCAACUGCUUGUAAUCUCGCGUUCUGCAAGGGCUAUCAGUUUUCUGAUGCCAACGCCGCCGAUAUUCAGCAGUUCACCGCUGGUCAGACCCUACCUAUGAAAAUUGAGAUCCGCGCGCCGCACACAGGUGUGGCCAACGUUAGCAUUGUGGAUGCUGCUACCGGUGCGAUGAUCGGGUCACCCCUGAUUUCGUUUACGAACUAUGCCAGCACGGCUACUGGCGUUGCCGCGAACAACACCGAGUUCUCGGUUACGCUUCCCGAUGUGAGCUCCCAGUGUGCAACGACAGGUGCUUGUGUUCUGCAGUGGUGGUGGGACAGCAGGGAGGUCGGCCAGACCUACAUGAACUGCAUCGACUUCACUAUGGGCUCUGGAUCUGGCUCAUCUCCCACAACAUCCAGCAGCCCAUCUUCAGUGCCCGCAACAUCAGUUGCGCCUACGACCUUGGCCACCGUGGUCACCACACCAUCGGCUGGCCCAACCACACUCGCCACCGUCACCACCUCAUCCGCCCCUGCGACUUCGACUGCACCCGUGGACGAUACUGGCGAUGACGAGUGCGAUGCUACAGAGCCUGAAGACCCAGAAGAGGGUGAUGAUGGUGAGGGAGACGACGACGAGUGUGAUGCCACCGAGCCGGAAGAUCCGGAGGAAGGCGACGACGGUGAUGAUGAGUGCGAUGCUGCAGACCCCGAGGAGCCUGAGGACCCCACCACUUGUGAGGAGGAGGUUGUAUUUGUGGACGAGUAG